CCCUUAUUUAAAUUACCAAUUUGUGAUCUUUCUCGGGACCAUUAACAGUACGGAGUUAAAAAGGUAAGUUGUUCCCCUCGUUGUCUUCUGAGUACUAGCACAAAUGAGUUCGGGCGUUAACAAAGUUUAUACUCUAAAUGAUGGAAACGUUAUCCCCUCACUUGGCCUCGGCACUUGGAAUUCAGAGAAAGGAAUCCUUAAGGAAGCUGUUUUGGAAGCUUUAAAGAUUGGCUACGUCCAUAUCGACUGCGCUUACAUAUACAAUAAUCAAAGAGAAGUCGGUGAAGCUAUUAAAGAGGCUAUUGAUCAGCAUAUUGUCGAAAGAAAGAAUUUGUUUGUUACUUCUAAGCUGUGGAAUGAUCAUCACCGUAAAGAAGAUGUCGAAAAAUACUGUAAAGUAACUUUAAAAGAUUUAGGACUUGAUUAUUUGGAUCUCUAUCUCAUCCACUGGCCUGUGUCCAGCAAGCCCAAUUCCCACUUUCCUACUCAACCUGACGAAUUUAUCGACGUUCCUAUUGAAGAAACAUGGAAGGCGAUGGAGUCACUAGUUGAAAAGGGACUCGUCAAGUCCGUCGGUGUCUCAAACUUUAGCAUUCACCGCAUUGAAGAGAUUUUGAACUUCUGCAAGAUCAAGCCGGUGGUUAACCAAGUGGAGUGCCAUCCGUAUCUCACGCAGAAGCCGUUGCAGCAGUUCUGCUUAUCGAAAGACAUUCUCUUGACUGCUUACUCUCCGCUGGGCUCUCCCGGCCGUCCAAGCGCCUUUAACAAGGAAGACUCGCCUAAACCGCUUAUGGAAGAUGAAAAGCUGAUCUCCAUAGCCCAAGCCAAGCACGUGAGCGUUGCGCAGGUGUUAAUCGCCUGGCAACUCCAGAACGGCAACGUUGUGAUUCCGAAAAGCGUGACGCCGGAGCGUAUAAAAGAGAAUUUCGAUGCCUUUAAAGUUAUAUUAUCCAAUGAAGAAAUGGACGCUAUCGACGCUCUAAACAAGAAUGCUCGUUACGUUAAAGGGCAUAUCUUUUAUCCUUCAGACACAACGGGCCCGAUCAAGACAUACGAUCAGCUGUGGAAUUGAAAGAAAUAAAUUCUUUUCUG